AGGAGGCCGGCUGUUUUUUUUUGUUUGUUUGGAGGGAUUUGAUCUUCCGAGGGUUGAAGCAUGGAAAACCUUGGAUUUAGUUCGUCACGAAUUUCGCAAAGCAUAUCCCGAAUUUUGGGGAAGUUCGUUCCGGUUUCUGAAAGUACUCCGUACAUGCCAAAUUUCGGGAAAGAAAUUCCCCACCUUUCCAGCAAAGCCCAUGCCCUAAUUUUGGGGGCACCUUCAAAAAUCAAAAGAAUCGAAAUCCAUUUAGUGCAGGGAUCGAUUUCGGGUUGCUCAGGUUUCUGUAUUUCUGGCUGGAUUCAUUUUCUUGAAAUCUGUUUCUCUUUUUGGAAUGUGUAUAAGCUCUCUAGAGAUAGAACAGCGGGUCGCGUCCAGAAUCGACCGCGCGCAAUGCUCCGCGCGAGUGACAGUCAAUUGCAUGGUUGAUUAAUUUACGGUCAUGAUGGGCGACGAACAUUAGUUAAAGGUUUGUGAAGCUUGCCCGAAGCUUACAGCUUGCAUAAAUAACUCUGUUAGGACUCCCAGUCAAGUCAAGUCAAGUCGUCUCACUCUCACAGACGCGGUUUGCUACUAGCUGACCUGCCCUUCAAGAGUUCAAGAUCCCAUCUCAAGGUGCUCAGUCGCACAACCCACAGAGCAGCACCGGACCAGCAUCACCACUGGCUAGUUAGUUACUAGUACUCCACAAGAAACACCAAGGGGGGAGAUAGCAAUGGGGGACCUCGUCAUUGGCCUGGCCAAGUCGGUGGUGGAGGGGACUCUGAGCAAGGCCCAGUCGGCGAUCGAGGAGCACGGCAAGCUCCGGCAGCAGGCGCAGCGCGACCUCGUGUUCAUCACUUUCGAGUUCGAGAUGAUGCACGCCUUCCUCAGCGUCGCCGACCAGGAGAGCGCCGCCAAGAACACCGUGGUGCGGACCUGGGUGAGGCAUGUCCGCGAGCUGGCCUACGACGUGGAGGACUGCAUCGAGCUCGUCAUCCACCUGGACAACAAAUCGGACUGGUGGCGCCGCCUGCUUCCGCCGUGCAUUGCGGCAGCUGCGCUGCCGCUUGACCAGGCGGUCGCGGAGAUAGAGCAGCUCAAGGCCAGGGUCGUGGAUGUGAGCAGCAGUUACAUGCGCUACAACCUGGUCUCUGACUUUGGGUCCAAAUCGACGGUGGCGCCCAGCGCUGCCGUUGGUGCGACUGCACCCAACUUGGUCAUGAAAGCAAAGGAGGAUGUGGAAGGGCUGCGAGAAUUUCGGGAUCUCGCCCGGUUGAUAAACAUGAAGAAACAUGACCUUCAAGUGAUCUCGGUGUGGGGGACAGGCAGCCAUCUUGGUAUAACAUCCAUCAUCAGAAAGGCUUACAAUGACCCUGAGAUCUGCCCAAACUUUGCAUGCCAGGCCUGGGUGAAGCUCAUUCAUCCUUUCAAUCCACAAGAGUUCAUACAGUGCUUGAUGGCCCAAUUCUAUGCAAAUUCUUGUGAGAAACAAGGAGCAAUUGUCGGUUUACAAGUCCUACAGAAGAUGGAGGCUACUCAAGAAAAUCUCCUCAAGGAGUUUGCAAACCAAAUCAACGGCAACAGGUACCUCGUCGUCUUGGAAGGGCUGUCCUCCAUGGUAGAGUGGGAUGCUAUCAGGACCUUCCUCCCUGACAGGAAGAAUGGCAGCUGGAUCAUUGCGUCCACGGAGCAAUUUGAAAUGGCAAGCUUGUGCGUCGCACAUCCUUACAAAGUAUUAGAGCUGAAGCAGUUCUCAGCUGAGCACUCGGUUUGUGCCUUCUUAACUGAGGCUUCUCAAGGUGAUGGAGAUAAAGGCAAGGAGAUAUCCGAAGAGCAUGAAAUUUGCUCCUUCGACAAAAUCCUCAAUGGUAAUAAGGACGCAGCCAUUGACUGGAUGGAGAAUUCGCUCUUUGUUGGUCGUGAGCCAGAAAUAGAUAAGCUUUGCCAAUAUGCAGCCAUGGCACGCUUCAACCCUUACCAAGUUAUAUCAGUGUGGGGGAUUGCUGGCGUUGGCAAAUCAGCUCUUGUGAAAAAAUUCUACUAUGACAGAGUGCUUGAUAGCAGCCAUUUUGAAAAGUUCAGUUGGGUGGAUGUGUGCCAUCCUUUAAAUUUAACAGACUUCUCUCGGAGCUUACUUUUGGACCUAUAUUCAGAAGAAGACCCCAUUAAAGAGUGUCGCCAGCUUCUAGAGCAUUCUAAUUGCCUAGUUGUUAUUGAUAAUCUUCAAUCCACUGAAGAAUGGGAUUUGAUACAGGCUGCAUUGGUAUCUAGAUCUUCUAAAAGCCUUAUCAUUGUUAUUACAACUGAAGCAAGCAUUGCAACAUAUUGCGCAGGUCGUGGAGGCCUUGUGUUUAAUGUCAAAUGCCUAGAACCUGAAGCGGCUUUUGAUCUCUUAAAAAAUGAGGUGCAUACGAAAAACUCAUGGCAGCCUUUAAAUGAUCUCAAAGAAGAUGCAGAGCUAAGUGAACUUAUUUUGAAGUGUGGUGGAAUUCCCAAAGUAAUAGUUGGUAUUGCUAGACUAUUGGCCACCAAGACGGUCACAUUGAUGGAUACUAUAAGUUCUCUAAAUCACAGAUUUAUGUAUGAGCUGGAGACCAACCCAGAGUUUGAUUUACAUGGUCUGUUUGGUUGGAUGCACUCCUUCUUCCGUUCUUGCCCAGAUCCCCUCAAACCAUGUAUCUUCUAUCUAUCAGUUUUUCCUAGAGACCAUGCUGUUCGGCGGAGGCGCCUGGUGAGGCGGUGGAUCGCAGAGGGCUACUCUCGAGACACUAAGGAUAUCUCUGCUGAUGAGAGCGGGGAGAAAUUCUUCUCCAAGCUAAUCGAUAUGAGCGUAAUCCAACAGCCUCCUCAGACAGUAGCCACUGUAUUCGAUGAGACAAGAAUGGUCUCGUGUCAGGUCAAAGGUUUCAUCUGCGAGUACAUCAUCUCACAGAAAACGGAAGAGAACCUUGACUUCGAUCUCGGGGGCCGUUGCACUAUGACUACCCAACGCACAGGGCGUCACCUUGCCAUCUGGGAUAGCUGGGACAGAGACAAGAUUGUGUUCGAGAGCAUCGACUUCUCGCGGCUGAGGUCAAUGACGGUAUACGGGAAGUGGAAGCCAUUCCUUGUCUCUAAAAAGAUGAAGCUACUUAGGGUGCUGGAUUUGGAGGAUGCAUCAGGGGUUACAGAUGACGAUCUCGAGCAGAUGGUCAAGCUGCUUCCUCGUCUCAAGUUCCUGUCCCUGAGAGGAUGCAUUGGGGUCUCCCAUCUGCCGAGUUCACUGGGUGAUCUGAGGCAACUCCAGACCCUGGAUAUCAGACACUCGUCCAUAGUCAAUCUGCCGGAGAACAUCACCAAGUUACAGAAGCUGCAGUACAUCCGUGGCGGAAUCUCCGGCCCAGCAUUAGUAAAACAGCUGUCCAUGUUUGGUAGCCAACGUCGACUGGUUGAUAUUGUGGUGCCUAGAGGGAUCAUGGAACUGACGGCGUUGCACACACUUGGUGUUGUCAACGUCAGUGCUUCAGGGGGGAAGGCCAUCCUGGAAGAACUCGAGCAGCUCACCCAAUUGCGCAAGCUCGGGGUGUCUGGCAUCAACAAGAGAAACAGAUUGAAGUUUUUCUCAGCGAUCUCGGGUCAUUGCCAUUUGGAAUCAUUGUCAGUGCGACCGGACAAGGACAGUGAAGGUUGUCUGGAUGGCAUCCUCAUGCCCUCAGAGAACUUACAGAGCCUUAAACUGCAUGGGCUUCUAGACAGUUUGCCAAGAGGGAUUGACCUGCAUAGCAAGCUCACAAAGUUGGAUCUGGAGAUGACAAUAUUAAAGAGGAGUGUCAUUGAGUUCCUUGGGAAGCUACCAAAAAUAUGUAUUCUGCGUCUUCAUGUCAAGCAGACUGAAGACGAUUCGCUCCAUUUUUGUGUAUAUAUGAAUGGACUCGAGGAUCGCUCUUAUCAGAAGGUUAAGAUCCUCAAGAUUGCUUGCAGCUCCAGCUUACACGUGACUUUUGGAUCAGAAACAAUGAGACAUCUUGAGCUGCUGAAGAUUAGCUGCUGCAGUGGGUCAUCAGUGAAGGUGUCUGGCCUGGAGAAUCUAACUGAACUCAAGGAAGUCUUGAUUAAGGGUUCCUGUGAGGACACAAUGGAGGAAGACCUGCGGCGCCAGUUUGAUGACCGUCGAAGGCCACCUGUUUUCAAGCUGGAGGAACCAACAGCUUCGUUCUGAUGGAUACCGAACUCUGCCCGAGUUCACGGUCAUUCACUCAUUCUCCCCUGUCCAUUUUGCCUUCUCUUCAUUUACCACUUCGAUCCAGCCUUGUCAAUAAAAAUUCUCAUGUGAGCAAACAACCUGCGCUGCAACCGUCAUGCCAAGUCAACUAACGCUGGUUCAUUUAUGCUUCGUGAUCGCUGCUUUGCCACCGUGCUUUCUGCAUCGCCAGGAGAACAAAUGGAAUGCAGACUAUAUAUGCUGCCAGUCUCUUCAUUCUGGUGUAUAUAUGUACACCUGUUUGUAUGCAAUCUCAUCAUUUAUUGCCUUGGUAGUUUUGUGGGACAUUCUCUCACAUUAUCUAAAAAUGUUAUUGUGGAGAAUCAUCUGUGGCCUCCAUGUCCUUCCAUGGUUGGGUGUGUAAAGUUUUUGUAGAUGUGAUAUGUUCUUAUUGGUUGCAGGGUUUUGUUAGAGUAUACUACUGCCCUCUCCUGCUA